UAAAACCAGAGUUGAUAAUUUGAUAAAGCGGUUGCAAAAAAAGGCUUCUGGCAACAAAGCGACACGAGGGAUUGAAAUUCGGCAACGUAACUUGGCAGACGUAAUUUGUUUUUACAAACCACGAACCACAAUCACAAAACCGAUUUGAAUUUGUAAAAAGAUUUUUAAGUAAAAAAGCCAUCAUAAAAAAAAGAAAUGGGCUCUCUUUCCAGACCGUUUCAUUCAGUUGGCUUGGGAGAUGAAGAGAUUUUCUGUCUUUCAUUUUCACCAUACGAGUGGUCCAAAAAUUUCCUAGCAAUCGGAACGGAAAAUAAGGUGGUCGUUGCCAACGUUCAGUAUGAAAACGAUGAGAUUCAGUUCAAUGUGAUUCGUGAAUUUCAUCAUUUUUGCCCAGUUGUUUCCUUGAGUUGGAGUGCACUCUCAUCCAGUGAUACGGUUCCUAAAGUCUGCAAAUUUGCCACAGCAGGCAUUGAUGGGAAAAUUCGGAUUUAUACAAGUGAUCUUGCUCAAUCAGAAAAUGUUUUGGAAUUGAGUGGACAUGCUGACAAUGUCAAUUCAAUAGCAUUUCAACCAGACAUCAAUGAAAAAUUCUUGAUCUCUACUUCUGAUGAUUUUACUUGUAAAAUUUGGUCUACAGAGACUGGAGAUUUCUUAAAAACAAUUCCUCUUCAAUCUUCAGGAAUGGCCGUUAGAUUCAAUCCUUCGGAACCCAGUAAAUUCUUAGUGAUGGAAAAGUCGGGCGUUACAAGAAUCUUCAGUACUUUAAAUUUUUCUCCAGUAACUUCUUUGAGCAACAACUUUAGCUGUCAAGACCCGGCUCUUGAUGCUGAUUGGUCGUCCUGCAAUCCCACUCAUAUUGCGACAUCAUUAGGAGGUCGAAUUCAAAAUUGGGAUUUAGAGGCAUUAAGGCUUCCAGAAGACACUACAACAGUUUCUUGUGAAAUGGUCCGAAAAGUACGCUUUCAUUCUACCAUCGAUACAUUGAUUGCCGUUCUUGGAUCACCAGGCCCUGUUGUGACCGUACUCCGUUCAUUAGGACCAGUAAUGAUAACGGAUUCGUUAAUGGCUGCCAGCGAUCUAAGUUGGCAUUAUUCUUUACCCCUUCUUGCUGUAGCAAACGAUCGAUCUGUACGAUUUUGGAAAUUGCUACUAAAAUAAUCCUUUGUAAAUUAAUUUUGAUUUCUGAAUGCUGAUCAAAUAAAAUUCUGAGCUCAACCAAACUUUAA